GGCCAGCGCGCCAGGAGAACAGUGACCAAAUGCAGAGUUCAUGCUCUCGUUACGAGACUACAACUUUUUUCCCAGUUUUUCGCAGCGCUCGUGCUCCGCACAAAACAAUACCGAUAAAGUGUGGCAUAAACAGAGCGAAGCAAUGCCGGAGGAGACGACUCCGAUCGACUAUGUGAUGGAGGCAGCUUCAGGGCCUCACUUCUCCGGCCUACGCCUUGACGGUCUCCGUUCAUCUCUACCUUCUCCAUAUUCGUCUCCCAUUCAUCAUUUCUCUGCUUCUGCUCUUGAUUCCUCAACCUUAGCCCAUGAUUCUUCUCAUAAACAGCCUUUCGUUAUUGGAGUUUCUGGAGGUACUGCUUCCGGAAAGACCACUGUAUGUGACAUGAUUAUCCAGCAGCUUCACGAUCAUCGAGUUGUACUUGUCAAUCAGGAUUCAUUUUAUCGGGGUUUGACGCCUUCCGAAAUGGAACGUGUGCACGAGUACAAUUUUGAUCAUCCAGACGCUUUUGACACCGAGCAGCUUUUAGAUUGCAUGCAAAAGCUCCUAGGCGGCCACAGCGUCCAAGUCCCAAUUUAUGACUUUAAGAAGCACCAGCGCUCUACUGAUAGUUUCCGACAGGUCAAUGCUUCUGAUGUCAUUAUAUUAGAGGGAAUCCUUGUUUUCCAUGACCAACGUGUUCGUGAUCUGAUGAACCUGAAAAUUUUUGUUGAUUCAGAUGCGGAUGUAAGGCUUGCUCGUAGAAUUAGACGUGAUACAGUGGAAAGAGGUAGGGAUGUAAGCUCUGUUCUUGAACAGUAUGCAAAGUUUGUCAAGCCUUCCUUUGAUGAUUUUAUUCAUCCAUCAAAAAAGUAUGCUGAUGUGAUCAUUCCACGAGGAAGUGAUAAUCAUGUUGCCAUUGAUCUUAUUGUACAACAUAUCCAGACCAAACUUGGUCAACAUGAUAUGUGCAAGAUAUACUCUAAUCUGUAUGUUAUUCUGUCAACAUUCCAGAUCCGAGGAAUGCAUACAUUGAUUCGUGAUCGAGACAUAUCAAAGCAUGAUUUUGCAUUUUACUCAGAUAGACUUAUACGGCUGGUUGUUGAGCAUGGCCUUGGGCAUUUGCCAUUCACUGAAAAGCAAGUAGUUACGCCAACAGGAUCUAUCUAUACUGGAGUUGACUUCUGCAAGAAAUUAUGUGGUGUUUCAAUUGUUCGAAGUGGUGAGAGCAUGGAAAAUGCAUUACGUGCAUGUUGUAAAGGUAUUAAAAUAGGCAAAAUUCUGAUUCACCGAGAUGGAGACUAUGGAAAACAGCUAAUAUACGAGAAGCUUCCCCAGGACAUUUCAGAACGUCAUAUUUUGCUUCUUGACCCUGUCCUUGCUACAGGUAAUUCUGCAAGCCAAGCAAUUGAGUUGCUCAUUCAGAAAGGAGUUCCAGAAUCCCACAUAAUAUUCCUGAAUCUCAUCUCUGCACCUGAGGGAAUCCGCUGUGUGUGUAAAAGGUUUCCGUCCUUGAAAAUUGUAACAUCCGAGAUUGACGUUGGCCUAAAUGAAGAGUUCCGUGUAAUCCCUGGAAUGGGCGAGUUUGGUGAUCGCUACUUCGGUACUGAUGAUUGAUCCUGCAGUCAUAUAACUAAUGAUGAUGACCUUUGAGGUCGUAGUUAUCUUUAUUAGAGAAAAUCAAUAGAAGCUAGCGGCAUUUUUGGUUGAUGAUGAUCAUGAUGCAUGAUACCAUGAUCAUUCUCCGCAUCGACAUUUGUGGAUGUUAAUCCGUUAAGCUUUUGAUGACGAUCAUAAACAAACUCGUAUGAGGAUUUUCUUUCCAGCUCUA